UCGUCGGCUGCAACGAUGCUUUUCCACGGUCUCCCCGGAGGAGAGAUGCAGGGCGUCAUGGAGGAGAUGGAGCGGAGAGGUAAAGGCGACUCGUCGGCGAUCAGCUCGGCAAUAGACAUGGGGGAGACAGGAACGAGCAUGCCGUCCAUCAGCGGAGACAGGGUGGCCCUGUGCGCCGGCUGCGGGGGGAGAAUCUCGGACCGCUACUAUCUACUGGCCGUGGACAAGCAGUGGCAUAUGCGCUGCCUCAAGUGCUGUGAAUGCAAACUCAACCUGGAGUCCGAGCUGACCUGUUUCAGCAAAGACGGCAGCAUCUACUGCAAGGAGGACUAUUACAGGAGGUUUUCAGUGCAGAGGUGCGCGCGAUGUCACCUGGGCAUUUCGGCGUCGGAGAUGGUGAUGAGGGCGCGCGACCUGGUCUACCACCUGAACUGUUUCACCUGCACGACCUGCAACAAAAUGCUUACGACAGGGGACCAUUUCGGCAUGAAGGACAGCUUGGUGUACUGUCGGCUCCAUUUUGAAAGCCUCAUCCAGGGGGACUAUCCGGCACAUUUCAAUCACUCGGAUGUAGCGUCUGCUAAAGGACUGGGUACGGCUGGACCGUUGGGACUCUCAUAUUAUAACGGCGUCAGCACGGUGCAGAAAGGUCGACCCAGGAAACGAAAGAGUCCCGGGCCAGGAGCCGAUCUAGCCGCCUACAAUGCAGCUCUGAGCUGCAAUGAGAACGAUGGGGAUCCCAUGGAUCGCGACUCCCAGUACAGCUCGGGUCAGAAGACCAAGCGCAUGCGGACAUCCUUCAAGCACCACCAGCUGCGCACCAUGAAGUCUUACUUCGCCAUCAACCACAACCCCGACGCCAAGGACCUCAAACAGCUGGCACAGAAGACCGGACUUACCAAACGCGUGCUGCAGGUCUGGUUCCAGAACGCGCGGGCUAAAUUCCGACGGAACCUCUUGCGCCAGGAGAACACGGGCGUGGACAAAGGUUCGGACGGCUCGCUGCUGCAGGGUGGCACGCCGUCGGGACCCGCCUCGGAGAUCUCCAACGCGUCCAUGAGCCCGUCCAGCACGCCCACCACCCUGACGGACCUCACCAACCCCACCAUGCCCACCGUCACGUCGGUGCUGAGCGCGGUGCCCGGGGGCAUGGACGUGCUCGAGUGCCGCAGCCCCUCCCAGACCACCCUUACCAGCCUCUUCUGA